CCCCGCUGCUGGGAGGGGGGGGUGUCUGUGCGUAGAGGGGCGCCGCGGCUGCCGGUGCCUCUGCACCCCGCGGGCUCCCGCCGGAGGAGGCGCAGGGUCUGGGCGCAGCGGGGCGGUCGCCGCUCUGUCCGGCGGCUGGCGGGCCUUCCGCCCCAGUGGUCCGUCGGGGCCAGGCGACCUCAGGCUGCUGCUCGGCUUCGGUUCGUUCCCCCGAGGCCAGAGUGGCCGAGCCGGGCGUCGGGGAAGGGCCAGCAUGAGCCGCUCGCCCCGGACGCCUCGACGUGCGGCGGCGCUCUGCGCUCGGGCCUGGGAGGGGGGGGGUGCACCGCGGGGCUCCCGGUCGGUGCUUGGCGAGCCCGCGGCCCCACAAUCGUCCUGGAGAGACUGUCGAGUGGAAAAAAUGAACCAGCCCUUGGCCCUUUCCCUCAUCGUGGCAUGUCAGGGUCACCAAGCCUGUGGGGACCCGAGGCAGCUGUGACCCCAGAAACAAUCGCAGACCCUUAGGACUCAGCAGCCCACUCGGAGGGUGUCGAGCACUCGCUAAGCCGGUGCCGGUUACAAGCCAGGCUUGGGGGGGUCCUCAUAGUAGGAGGGGAGACGCCGCUUAGCAGGUACUGAAGUGCGAUUCACCGUAGGUGUGGGGUGGGGAGCAGAGGCUGGCCCCCCCAGUCACGGCGGUGCGGAAUUGCUGUUGGUUUGGGCCGUGGAGGGCCGGCGCGGGGCGUGGGCGCAGUGGGAGCGGGCUGGACCAAGGAGGGAGCAGGUCCCCCGCGCUUCCCGCCCGCCGGCCGCGGUACGGCGCACGACAAAGCCACGCCGCUGACUUCGCGGCCUUCCGCUUGACGGGCGCGACCACCCACCCGGGGGCCCCUCACCCACAGCCCGCGUAUCUCCCACACCUGAAAGCCAGCCGGCCCUCACCUCGCCACAGCCGCUACCCUAGUCCCAGCUGCGUCUUGGGUUCUGACAACAGUUUUCAGCUGGGCUCGUUUCCAUCCUGGGUUCUGACAACAGUUUUCAGCUGGGCUCGUUUCCAUCCCUGCUCUUCCGCGAGCCUCCCAGCAGCAGCGGUAAUGAGCUUCCAAACAAUGGGGGUUCUUUCACUACCUCCGCUGAAUUCUCCCGUGGGACCGGGCCUCGGGGCACCUACGUGCAUGCCUCCGCGCGCUGUCGCCCGCUCACCUCGACCCCUUCCUCCCAGCCACACAGCACUGCUGUCCUCGAGGACCACACGCCUACCCCUCCUUCACCCCUGCCCUUAAAUGUCCCCUUUGCCUAGCACUGUCCCCCAGAGCUUCAUGUGGCUUGGUGCCUUACUGCCUUCAGUUCUUGCUCCAAUGUCCUUCAUCGAGGAGGGUUUUGUAACCCGCGGAGGCUACCAGAACCUUCUCACGACUGGAUUCCACGACACUGCUCCCCUGUCUUCUCAGCACUACCUGCAGUUCAUACUGGUUUUUUUGAUAAGGGACUUGAGUUUCCUGGGAAAUGCUGAAAACGCUCGUGGCGCCUCAGUUUUAAAGUGGCUGCAAAUCCUUUUGAGGGGAAAGUUGACCCAAGAGCCCUCUGAUGACGGCAGAAGGGCCACCAUGUUUCGCAGGCUGGGCUGGCUGGUCCUCUACAGUCUGGCUGUGCUGCUGCUCAGCUGCCUGCUCUUCCUGAAGAAGGAAGCCAAGCCGGCCGGGGGCCCCACGGUGCGCCAGCCCUUCUGGGCUCCCCCAGGGCCCCGCCGCAGCCAGUGUCCACCCAACCACACGGUGGCUAACGCCUCCCUGUCACUGCCUAACCGUCACCGCCUUUUCUUGACCUAUCGCCACUGCCGCAACUUCUCCAUCUUGCUGGAGCCUUCAGGCUGUGCCGAGGACACCUUUCUGCUCCUGGCCAUCAAGUCGCAGCCGGGCCACGUGGAGCGGCGGGCGGCCAUCCGCAGCACCUGGGGUCGGAGGGGGGAGUGGGCUAGGGGACGGCAGCUGAGGCUGGUGUUCCUCCUAGGGGUGGCAGGACCUGCACCCCCAGCCCAGCUGCUGGCCUAUGAGAGUCGGGAGUUUGAUGAUAUCCUACAGUGGGACUUCGCUGAGGACUUCUUCAACCUGACGCUCAAAGAGCUGCACUUGCAGCGCUGGGUGGCGGCUGCCUGUCCCCAGGCCCACUUCAUGCUAAAGGGAGAUGACGAUGUCUUUGUCCACGUCCCCAAUGUGCUGGAGUUCCUGGAUGGCUGGGACCCAGCCAAGGACCUCCUGGUGGGAGACGUCAUCCGCCAGGCUCUCCCUAACAGGAACACCAAGGUCAAAUACUUCAUCCCACCCUCCAUGUACAGGGCUCGCCACUACCCGCCCUACGCUGGGGGUGGAGGCUAUGUCAUGUCCAGGGCCACCGUGCAGCGCCUCCAGGCGGCUGUGGAAGAGGCUGAACUCUUCCCCAUCGAUGACGUCUUUGUGGGUAUGUGCCUGAGGAAGCUGGGGGUGAGCCCCAUGCACCACGCUGGCUUCAAGACGUUCGGAAUCCGGCGGCCCCUGGACCCCCUGGACCCCUGCCUGUACAGAGGGCUCCUACUGGUGCACCGCCUCAGCCCCCUGGAGAUGUGGACCAUGUGGGCACUGGUGACAGAUGAGGGGCUCAAGUGCGCGGCUGCCCCCGUGUCCCAGCUCCGAGGGGUGGGCUGAGCGAGAGGACUGAGUGUAGAUUUUCCUGCCUGUGAUGAGAAAUUGAGAACCUGGACACUUGACCCACGCUGAUCGCCAGGAAAUACUUAGUUUUUGUAACCCCCUCCCAAACUUUUUACCUUUGAUUAAAAACACUGAAACC